AUGGCUGGGAAGCUGGACUCUAAACUCCUUCAAGCCGUGAGCGCGAUGGGCUUUGAGUAUAUGACUCCAGUUCAACACCGUGUUUUGACUGAACUUCCAACUUGGCGCAGUGACUGCCUGGUCCAGGCCAAAACUGGUACGGGCAAAACCCUUGCCUUUUUGCUACCUGCAUUGCACUGUCUACUCCAAGGACAUUCGGCGCCACCAAGAGGUCAGGUCGCCAUCUUGAUCAUCACCCCAACCAGAGAGCUUGCCCAGCAAAUCGCCAAGUCAUGUGAUCAACUCACAUCACAGCUUGCGAGACCUCUUGAGUGUCACAUUGCAGUUGGUGGAACGGCUCGGGCAUCUGCUCUUUCGCGCUUUAUGAAGGGGGCGCCGUCCAUUCUUGUAGCAACCCCGGGACGACUAAAAGACUACUUAUCCGAACCCGAGACGGCUGAGAAGCUGUCUAACAUUCAGACUCUGGUUUUGGACGAAGCCGACACGAUGCUCGAGACCGGCUUCCUAGCUGAUGUGAAGCGAAUCCUCCAACUCAUUCCCCCAAAAAGCACUGGCUGGCAAGGCAUGUGCUUCUCAGCCACUAUUCCGCCCAAGGUCAAAGAUGUGGUCAGCGUUGUGUUGAAGCCAGGCUACUGUAACAUUUCGACCAUUGAAAAGAAUGAAACACCUACGCAUGAGAGAGUACCCCAGUACCACGUUCUGAUGCCGUCUGUGGGAGACACCUUUAACAUGCUUACCUCUCUCCUCAAUCUCGAAACCAAGAACAACUCUAAAAUCAUUGUCUUCGGGGUGACCGCAAACAUGGUAGCCCUCUUCGCAGCAGUCUUUUCCCGGGGCUUGACUCCGUUGCCGGUAUUUGAGAUCCAUUCCAGACUCAGCCAGAGCUCUCGCACGAAAACCACGGCUCAGUUCAAGGAAGCAGCCGCCGGAAUCCUCUUCGCCUCGGAUGUUAUCGGUCGUGGCAUGGAUUUCCCCAAUGUCGACUUGGUCAUCCAGGUCGGCUUGCCAUCGAACGGUGAACAGUACGUGCAUCGUGUCGGUCGUACAGCCCGCGCUGGCAAUGAUGGCCGCGCUAUCAUCCUCCUCACGGAAGCCGAGUCUUUCUUCAUGAAGGCCAAUCGCCACUUGCCCAUCAAACCCCACCCCCAAACCGACGCGAUCAACGAGGCCGCUGCCUCAUGCACCGAUGCCGUCGCGCAGGCCAUGUACCGCAUCGAUGAUGAGACAAAGCAACGUGCUUACUCGUCGUUCAUAGGUUUCUUUGCUGGGUCCGGUCUUCUGAAGCCGCUUCGGCUCGAUAAGCCCGGCCUCGUUCAACUCGCAAACGAAAUGGCCAUCAAGGGCAUGGCAUGCCCCGAGCCUCCUCCAAUGGACAAGAAGGUCAUCGGGAAGAUGGGAUUGAAGGGCGUUCCUGGAUUCAACUAUGGAAGCAGAGAUGACUUGAAUGGAGAUGGCCCUGCUAGACAGCGCGGUCGUCCUGGGAACAAGUCUCGUGAUGCACUCAGUCCCGGAGCUGGUCGGGACCGCAGAGGUGGGGUCGAAAAGAAUCGUGGAGGGCGUCGCGGUGGUGGAGGGGGAGGACGUGGAGGGCGUGGAGGACGGGGAGGAAAGCCCAGAGGAGCAUAA